UUGUUGGUAGGUAGGUCGUGUGAAUGUAGCGUGUCCGUCGUUUUUUCGCCCCUCGGUAACAGGGGGAAUGCGAGUUUUUAGUUGUGCAAAGUCGGAGUACGAGUUUUUGAGCAGGGUUUUAACGCUUUACGUCCUCUGGCUCGGACUGAAAAUCUCAGUGGCCAUCAUCGUUUCACCUCUGCCGUCUCGUUAGCCACCUAGCUAACUCCGCUGCUAGCUAACUACCCAACAAAGUUAACGCUACCUCGCCUCUUAGUGUGUGUUUCUUGUGGUAACUUCCAGCUUGGGGAAAAAAACCAACCGCAGAGAUGGCGGAAACCAAAAUAAUUUAUCAUAUCGACGAAGAGGAGACGCCGUAUUUGGUGAAGAUACCCAUUGCUGCCGAAAAUAUCACUUUGCUGGAUUUUAAACAGGUCUUGAACAAGCCGAACUACAAAUUCUUCUUCAAGUCUAUGGACCAGGACUUCGGGGUGGUGAAAGAAGAGAUUUCCGAUGACAGUGCCAAGUUGCCAUGUUUCAACGGCAGAGUGGUGUCAUGGUUGGUAUCUUCAGACACUCCAGCAGCAGAACCUCCAGUGGCAGUCGUUCCUCCCGUGGAAACGACCACCCAGCCUUCGCCCCCUCCUCCGCCCCUGCCACCCCCACCCGCAGAGAGGACAGGGGGUAUCGGGGACUCCAGACCGCCCUCCUUUCAUCCCAAUGCCACAGGCAGUGUGGAGACGUUGGACGACCAGACUGAAACAGAGUCUGUAGUUUCUUUCAGGAGAGAGAGACCUCGUCACAGAGAGAGCAUCGAGCAACACGGGCCUCGUAUGAAUGGCCAGAGUCGUCUGGAGCGCCACCUGGCAGGAUAUGAGAGCUCCAGUACAGUGAUGAGCAGCGAGCUAGAAACGACCAGCUUCUGUGACUCUGAGGACGACGACACCAUGAGCAGGUUCAGCAGUGCAACAGAGCAGAGCACAGCCUCCAGGCUUCUGAAACGGCACCGUCGACGCAGGAAACAGCGCCCUCCACGUCUGGAGAGGGCCUCGUCCUUCAGCAGUGUGACAGACUCCACAAUGUCCCUGAACAUCAUCACCGUCACUCUCAACAUGGAGAAGUACAACUUUUUGGGCAUCAGCAUUGUGGGUCAGAGCAAUGAAAGGGGUGAUGGAGGCAUCUACAUCGGCUCCAUCAUGAAGGGAGGAGCUGUGGCUGCAGACGGACGCAUUGAACCUGGUGACAUGCUGCUGCAGGUGAACGACAUCAACUUUGAGAACAUGAGUAACGACGAUGCAGUGCGGGUACUGAGGGAGAUUGUACACAAGCCAGGGCCCAUCAUCCUCACAGUGGCCAAGUGCUGGGACCCUUCUCCUCAGGGCUACUUCACUCUGCCUCGCAAUGAACCGAUCCGACCCAUCGACCCAGCAGCAUGGGUCAGCCACUCUGUGGCUAUGACUGGGGCGUACCCUCCUUACCCCGGCAGCUCCUCCCUCAGCACCAUCACCUCCUCCUCCUCCGUCACUGAGACCGAACGUUUCGAUGACUUCAACUUAUCACUACACUCUGACAUGGCAUCAGUUGCCAAGGCCAUGGCUUCACCGGAGUCUGGUCUGGAGGUCAGGGACCGUAUGUGGCUUAAAAUCACCAUCCCCAACGCUUUCCUUGGCUCGGACGUAGUGGAGUGGCUGUUCCACCACAUCGAGGGAUUCCAGGACCGCCGUGAAGCCAGAAAGUACGCCAGCAACCUGCUGAAGGCCGGCUUCAUUCGACACACCGUCAACAAGAUCACCUUCUCCGAACAGUGCUACUACGUAUUCGGAGACUUAAGCGACUGUGAGAACUACAUGGCCAAUCUGUCCUUGAAUGACAAUGACGGCUCCAGCGGGGCCUCAGACCAGGACACCUUGGCUCCUCUGCCACUCCCCGGGGCCUCGCCAUGGCCCAUGAUGCACACCUUCCCUUAUCAGCCCUACCCUACACAUCCCUACUCCAGCCAGCCACCUCCGUACCACGAGCUCACCAGCUACAGCUACGCCCCCGGCAGCACCGGCAGCCAGCACAGUGAAGGGAGCCGAAGCAGUGGAUCGACGAGAAGCGAGGGUGAGCGACGUCGCAGCAGUAAAGGUCCCGGGAGCACCGUGGGUGGAGGGGAGAAAUCCCCCUCUGGCGGGGGUGGAGAAGGUGGCGGGGCUGACUCGCGCUCCGGCAGCGGCAGUGAAUCAGAAUACUCCACCCGCAGCAGCCUGCGGCGCGGCCACGGUUCUGCUGCCCCCAGUGAGCACAGCCACGCCUCCUCCCAGCGCUCACAUCAUCACCGCAUACCCCAACCACCCCACAUGUCUCCCUACCCGCCAGGUAUCCUGCCCUACAACCCCAUGAUGGUGAUGAUGGUGCCCCAGCACCCACACCCGGCCAUGGCAGCUGCUCACGCUCUUCCUCACACACAGCAGCUGGCCACAGCCCCCAUGCACCCGGCUUUACCUCCACCCCCCUCCUCCACUCCAGGGGGACCUCCUGGCGCCCCGCCCACCCGUGACCUGGGCUCGGUACCCCCAGAGCUGACUGCAUCACGCCAGUCGUUCCAUCUGGCCAUGGGCAACCCCAGCGAGUUCUUUGUGGAUGUCAUGUAGUUUCCCGGCCUUGGUGUUGAGUGACCAUUCAUGUGAAGUUAGUGUACGGUUCCCACUUGUUUUGACGAGAAUCUGGUGGUAGCUUGUUGAGCUCACAAGUGCCUAUUGGAUUGAGGGCACUUGUUACAAAUUUGGUGAGAACAGGGUUUAACAUUGACAAAGAAAAUAUGACAAAAGUAAAACAAUUAAUGUGGGAUAUGGUCUGACUAGAUGUGUCCACAAAGUCUAGAUUCUUUCAUUCAAAAUUAUUAAAUAACACUCAUUUUCAAGCCUAAAUUCUUAUCUCUGCAGUGGACAUGUUUGUUUUUCUCAAAAAGCAAACUCUCAGUAAAAUUUCUGAGUGCCUAUCAGAGCUACUCAGCACUCUGGUUUUAGCCAUUUUCAAAACAGAAAGAUGAUAUUUUAUGAAGGGAAGCACCUUCCCUAAUCAGCCAUUUAUCUCAGAGCUGCCCAUCCAGGAAGCGCACAGACCACAGUUUAACACUAGAGGGUGCCAGGUACACUGUGUACUUGAAAAGGAUACAAUCCUGUACAUAUAUCUGGAUCAUCAUGCCAGAUUCAUUGGUGGCACAGGAGUAUAUCAAGUGCCUUACUCGUUGCAUUUUUAGAGACAUUUUCACACUCCAAGUACGUAAAAUAACUCAUCUUGUUCCAGCAUUGUUUGACAAUGAACUUUUCUGUAUAUAUCUACUAUUCCUAUGUAAAUGCAAUAAUACAGAACAGCAAGCUCUAAUGUGAAAAGAAAAUAGGUCCAAAUAUGUCAGGUGAACUUGUGUUUAGUAAUCACUGUCUAGGCCUAGUCGUCACACAAACUCUUAUUGUGAGGAGUACCAUGGUUGUUGGUAUGGGACUGUAGAGGCUGAACGGUACUAGUCGGUGGAAAUAAGAUACUGAAAGCGGUACUUUUUGAUUACAUGCAGUGUAUAUCUUAAGUAACUGUGAUCCAAACAGCUCCCCAUGCUUAUUUUUAUGUUACUGACUCGCAUUAUUCACCUAUUUCAUUUUUGUAUGAGUGACUAUAUAAAUCAUGUGUAACCCAACUGUUAAGGUGCUAAAUGAAGAGUCAACAUUUCAAAAAGAAUGACAUUGACAGUGUCACAUUGUUUGAUUUCAUAUUGCCACCUUUGUUUGUGUAC